AUAUAAAAGAAACAAGACCUAUACCUAUAUCACUCAAGUUCUAUAUUCCUAAUAAAUACUUGACACCAUCAAAUUUGUAGAAACAUAUUGAAUAUGAUUAAAAACACAAUCAUCUCUCUAACAUUUCAAGCAUUGAAUAGACAUACUUAAAGUUAUUUAAUUAAGAUGCCUCUGCAAAAUUAAUCUUCAGCUAUCUUCGAUUAUUGUUUUUCUAUUUACCAAUUGAUAUUAGCUAUUCUAUUAAUUGAAUUAAAAAGAUUCAUCUGAGUCCAAAUAUUUAUGCACGAUUCUCAGAUGUUUGCAAAAAUCUUCUUCAGUGUUUAUAUUGUAUCAGUUUGAAUUAUUCGCAGUGGGAGUCUCUUAUCUUUUUGUAGAUAGAUCCUUAUUUUGAUCUUCAAUCUACUAAUCAAUGUAUCUGUCACUUAACCUAAUGCUACAUUAACGCAAUAUUUAAUUUUUUUUCCAAUCAAUUUAUGUUACAAAAAUUUCAUUUUUAGUAUUGAAAUAAAAGGAAAUUCCAAGGAUUUAUUUAACAUUUAUUUAACAUUUUGUCAGCGGAUUGUUUAUAGAGACUAUUAGAACUAUCACUAUAGAAAGUACAAUCUUAUUAUUUAAUAAAUAUUUUUAUUUAUUUAUAUCAAUUAGUAGUCAUGUAAAAAAAAAAAAAAUAAAACUUUUAUGAUAAAUUACUGCUUGAUACUUAUGUAGUCAAAAUAAAGAUUAUUUUGGACUUUCUCAAAAAUGAAGUAUCUAAUGCGAUUUUAUUAUUCUUGACUCUUAGGUAAUAUUCGAUAGCAUAUGUAUGAUAAAAUAUAGAUAAUAGAAAUUUACAUUAAGAUAAGCGAAUUUAAUUGACAGAAAAUCAUUUAAUCGUGUAUUCAUUGCAAUAAAUGCAGUAAUAUCGUAUUAUUAAAAAUAUAAAUAUUGAAAUUGUGUUAUUUUGUUUGACAGAGCUUGAUGCAUGUACUGAAAUACCGUGGCAAAGUCACGGAGCCGGAAGCACGCUAUUACAUGAAACAAAUGGUAACAGGUGUUGCGUAUAUUCACUCUCAGAAAGUUGUUCAUCGAGAUUUGAAGCCAGGUAACAUGUUCCUAUCGGACCGUAUGAUUGUCAAGAUCGGGGAUUUUGGACUGGCGACAAGGCUUGAUGGACAGUGCAGACGAGUGACGAUAUGCGGAACACCGAAUUACAUUGCGCCGGAAGUGUUGUAUAAGCAAGCAUACAGUUAUGAGGCGGAUGUUUGGGCGCUCGGAUGCAUACUUUACGCCUUAUUGGUAGGCCAACCACCUUUCGACACAGCGUCUCUGAAGGAGACUUAUGCCAGAAUAUGUAACAAUCAUUACCGAGAAGUUGACGAUUCAAUAGCAAGUCGAAACGGGCAAGAUCUCAUCAGAUGGCUUCUGCAGCCGAAUCCAGAACUCAGACCGUCUUUAGAAAGAGUGAAGGAACACGCUUAUCUCACUAAGGAAUAUGUACCAGCCUCGUUGCCUCGCAUUUCUUGUUUCCAAAAACCACGUGCCUCUGUAAUCGAUCCUGUAUCGUCUCCUUCGUCGAAUUCUAUGACAUCUAGGAAUCAGAAACUUAAUAAUAUUCAGAUUCAUACAAUCCAACAAUCUCAACAUCAGGAUCAACAACAGCAACAACAACAACAACAACAGCAUCAUCAAGCAAACCUUUCUGAAAAAAGUUUACGAAAAGGAUCGAAAGUGAUCCGUUGGUUAGCCAGAAAACUUCGAAAAGUGCCAAAAUUUAGACAAAGAUUGAGUAGCGUUCUUUGUCCAGAUCAGAAGAAAAUAGGAUACACGGCACAGAGUAUGCAAAUGCACCAAGCGCUAGAAAAUUGUAUUACAGAGAUAAAGUGUAAAAACAAGCUGCGAAAUCAUCCACCUGUAAGAGAUGUUGUGCCUCUGUUCAUCACUAAGUGGAUUGAUUAUUCUAACAAGUACGGCUUAGGUUUUCAACUUUCAGAUAAAUCUGUCGGUAUUUUAUUCAACGAUCAUACAAAAAUUAGUUACACACAUGAUAGAAGAAGAGUGGAGUACGUGACAACCGACGAUGAAGUAACAAGGUAUCAUAAAGAGCAAGAUGUUCCAGCUGCUUUACAAAAGAAACUUAUAUUAUUGCAACGUUUUACGCAGUACAUGGAUAAAUUUAUGACUGAAGGUGGUGAAAUUAAAAAACAUCGAACUGCACUAAAACGGUCAAAGAACGUUUGUGUACCGCGAAUGAGAAGAUGGUUAAGAACUGAUAAGACUAUUAUGAUGGAACUGUCAAUACCUCUCUUACAAGUGAAUUUCUUCGAGGAUCAUACAAAAUUAGUAGUUUCGCAAGAAUCCCCUAACAAAGGAUAUUUAAUUACAUACAUUGAUACUAGUAGGCAUACAUCUUCAUAUUGGUUGAACGAUAUACGCGAUAUUGGCUGUACAGCAGAUCUCUACGAGCGUUUAUAUUAUGUUUACAAAGUAUCGAGAGAAUUUGCAGAAGUGCAUAAUAACACGAUUGUUUGACCAUCAGAAAUAUAUCAAUGAUAGAUUGAAGUUUGUUCAAUUCUAUACGAAAUAUAUAUUUGUUUCGUUAGCUGCACUUGUUUCGUUUUUUUAAAUAUGUUUCUUUAUUCUUCACUUUAAAACUUAUAAAAAGUAAUUCAUUCAGGAAUGCAGAAAAUUUUUUGAAAUGAUUUACUAAUUUCGAUGUAAGACUUGUUUAGGUUUACAUAUUCAAAUUAUAUUAAUUUGCGAAAUUAAUAUAAUACGCCCUUAUUAUUACGUGUUAAUUAUUAAUAUCUUUGGUUGAAUAAUUUGUUUCAAUAAUUUGUUGAAUAAUUUGUUGAAUAAUUUAUUUCAAAGAAUGUU